AUGGCCGAGUCAACAUAUGCUCCGAGGCCAGUCACACUGCCCCCGGCACCCGAUCACAAGUUCUGGUCCGAGCAGCAGUGGACCACGCUCUUCGCUUUGGCCGAUACCGUCAUUCCCUCGAUCCGCACUGCUGCCACCGUCAGAUCCUCCGCGGACAAGGUCAUCUCAACCGGCGAGUGGGAUACCGCUGUCACCAAGCUGUCAGGCUUGAUUACAAGCGCUGAUGGUGCCGAACUGGCCAAAGAGUACCUGGAGGAGGAUGUCUCUUCUAACCCGACCUUCCGUGCAACCGUCCAGCGCAUUAUUGGCAAUCACGUGCACGAGGAGGGCAAAAAUGGCCUUGGAUUGAUCUUGAAUGCCCUCAACACCCGGGCUGGUUCAUUGAUCCUGACAGGAUCCACAACCCCCAUCCACCUGCAGCCGGUGGCCUUCCGGGAGAAGGUCUUUCGAGGAUGGGAUACUUCUCGAUUGCCUCCUCUGCGAGCCGUCUAUCGGGGAGUGUCUGCCACCGUCAAGAAGUCGUGGGUCAUGACCAGCCCGACUGUGAGUCGGGUGCUUGGCUUCCCGCGCGUCCCCGUCCAUGGCAAGCCCACCAACGGAUUUCCCUAUGAGUUCGUGCAGUUCCCCCCGGGCGACAAGCCGGAGACGAUCGAGACGGAUGUCGUCAUCGUGGGAAGCGGCUGUGGUGGUGCUGUGACCGCGAAGAAUCUGGCGGAGGCGGGGCUCAAAGUCCUUGUGGUAGAGAAAUCCUAUUCCUACUCUAGCCAGCACUUCCCCAUGCCCGCCAACGAGGGUUAUGUGAGCAUGUUCGAGAAUGCCGGCUCCACCAUGAGCGACGAUGGCUCGAUGGCCAUUUUGGCGGGCUCGACGUGGGGCGGUGGUGGUACGGUGAACUGGUCGGCCUCAUUGCAAACCCAGGCGUAUGUGCGUCAGGAAUGGGCGGACGCGGGCCUUCCCUUCUUCACAUCACUGGAGUUUCAAAAGAGCCUGGAUCGCGUGUGUGAUCGCAUGGGUGUCAACACGGAGCAUGUUCGCCACAACUACGGUAACAAUGUGAUUCUGGAGGGGGCCCGCAAGCUGGGAUUUGCCGCCAACACGGUGCCACAAAACACAGGCAACCAGGAACACUACUGCGGCUAUUGCACACUGGGAUGUCACUCCACCGGCAAGAAGGGCCCCACCGAGUCGUUCUUGACGGACGCGGCCAAGGCCGGAGCGGUCUUCAUCGAGGGCUAUAAUGCCGACAAGGUGAUAUUUACCAAAGAGGGCGGCAAGCGAAAAGCCAGCGGCGUGCAGGGAACCUGGACCUCGCGGGACGCCUACUUGGGUCUCAAUGGGGAGGGUGCGAUCCGGCGUAAAGUGAACAUUAAAGCCAAGAAAGUUGUCAUCUCGUCUGGUACACUUAACAGCCCUCUUCUGCUGCUGCGCAGCGGCCUCAAGAACUCUCAGAUUGGCAAGAAUCUCUACCUGCAUCCUGUCAUGUUGGGUGGUGCUGUGUUUGAUGACGAAACUCGCCCGUGGGAAGGCUCCGCCUUGACCACUGUAGUCAACGAGUUUGAAGACCUUGACGGUCAUGGCCAUGGCGUAAAGGUCGAGGCGGUAUCCAUGAUGCCGUCCGUAUUCAUCUCGGUUUUUCCCUGGCGUGAUGGUCUCGACUAUAAGCUGUGGGCGGCGGGCAUGAGCCAUAGCACCAGCUUCAUCACGCUGACCAAGGACCGCGACGGCGGCCGUGUCUAUCCUGACCCGACCGAUGGCCGUACCCGUGUCGACUAUAGCGUCUCGCCGUUUGACCGCAAGCAUAUCGUGGAAGGACUGAUCGCCUCGGCCAAGAUUGCCUACAUCUCCGGAGCCAAGGAGUUCCACACCACCUAUCGCGACCUCCCUCCAUUCAUUCGACCCGACGCCUGGAACCCCGAUGCCCCCGAAGGCACCAACGAUGCAGCCCUGCAGAAAUGGAUCGCCGAAUUGCGCCGGAAGUCGCCCUUGAACCCGGAGCGCGCACUGUUUGCCAGUGCUCACCAGAUGGGUACUUGUCGCAUGGGCAAGUCUCCCAAGACCAGUGUUGUCGACCCCGACUGCCAGGUCUGGGGCACCGAUGGAUUGUACGUGGUUGAUGCCUCGGUAUUCCCCAGUGCCAGUGGCGUUAACCCCAUGGUCACCAACAUGGCCAUCGCCGACUGGGCCAGUCGGAACGUGGCUCGGGCGCUGGGCAAGCCCCGCAGCGAGCGCAACGGCAUGGCGCGUCUGUAA